AUGGACUCGGUUGCGCUUGACACUUGUGGGGUGCCCCGUGGUGCCCCGGGGGUCUCCUGCCAACUCCUUCUCCCUCGCCAGCGCCACUCUGGUGUCACCGCCAUCCCCUGCUCCACCAAGAUGGCCUCGCGGAUCCUCAAGGAAGUCCCCCUGCUGCUCGUUCUCGUCAUCCUCCUCUGGGCACAGUACUCCGUCUCCCUCUCGCUCGUCCUCAACUAUCUGCUCCUCACGGCCCACCUCGCCCCCCUCGCACUCGCCAUCGGGAUCCCCUUCAACCUCUUCUGGGCAUCAACCAUCAUCAACCUCCUCAGAUGCAUCGCCACCGGCCCCGGCUGGCUAGACCGAGCCACCCCGCCAAGAAAUCCUCCAGACCUCGAGCGCCCGCCCCACAAGACUCUCCUCCACCCGCGACCGCACCCAGGGCUGGCGGCACCCUACGAUCCCCAGGGGGGAGAAGACUCUGAUCCCGACGACGAGCCCGAGCUCGAACACUCCUCAUCCGUCCCUCUCCUCGCCCCCAGCCACCCCUCAUCCUCCAGCCAUCGCCCAAUUCCGGCCAGCAACGGCCAUCGACCAAGACUACCCGCCUUGGUCCCCCGCCCCCCACUCACCUCCACCGAUCCCCCCUCCUAUCUGGCCGACCACCGCCAUCUGCCCCCCUCGAACCUCUCCUUCCAAGAGCAAGUCCAGCGCCAACAGCGCUCCUCAGCCGCCCAGACCGACCUGCUCCUCGCCCUCAACUUCCCCCCUCCGCCAACCCCCGCCCCCCGCACAGAACUCUCCCGGCCGCCGGAAUCGCUCAUGUGCAAGUCCGACGGCUCGCUCCGCUUCUGUCGCAAGUGCGAGCACUACAAGGCCGACCGCUCCCACCACUGCAGCUCCUGUGGCCGCUGCGUCCUGCGCAUGGACCACCACUGUCCCUGGCUCGGCGGCCGCUGCGUCGGCCUCAACAACCACAAGUUCUUCAUCCUCUUCCUCCUCUCCGCCUCCAUCACCUCCAUCAUCGCCGCCAGCGCAGCAGCCAAGGGCCUCAUCCACUUCGUCUCCAAUACCCGCAUCUCCCCCACCGAUCCCUUCCAGCUCGCCCCCCUCAACUGGGCCUUCCUGACCCUCGUCGGCGGCCUCUUCGGCAUGGUCCUCGCUGGUUUCACUUCCUACCAUCUCUACCUCAUCUCCGUCAACCGGACAACGAUCGAGAACAUGGAACGCUCGGUGAGGAUCAGGCCGACGGGCACUCGCGACCCGAGCGAGUCGUAUGCCCUGCUCCGCACGACGAGGCUACGAGCAUUCGAUGCGUCCCAAAGUGGCACGGCAGGGCUGAGGACCGAGGAGCCGGGUGCGCCGGCUGCUGUCGACGGAGCGGGGGAGGGGACCGAGGGAGCGCGUCAGCAGCCGGCCAAGCUGCCCUCGUACAACCUGCCGAUCUACAAAUCCGACGACCAGCUCAGCAGACUCGAGCGCAGGAAACUCGAGGCCGGGGCUACCAAACUCAACCUCUUCGACCUCGGCUCGACCCGCGAGAACUUCAGACAGGUCUUCGGCGUACACAGUCCGCUCUGGCACUGGCCCCUGCCUCUCCAUCCCAUAGGGAUCAGUGACGGCUAUCACUACCCUAUCAACCAUCACAACCUCCAUCAACUCAUCCAGCUGACCUCCGAAAUCAGACUCUUGCCCAACGAACGAUCCAACGAACUUCGUUUUGAAAGACCCUGA